UAUAAAGGUCGCUGGCUCAGUGUUUACUGUGUUGUGUAGAGCGAGUGUCGAGUUGGCACUUGGCGACUCUCAAUUUUCAGUAUUUUGUGAAUAUAUGGAAGCCUGAUAAGAUGAAUAGACCAGACGGGCUUAUCCAGCGAAGGAACGUACAAAAAGAAAAAGACGAGAAGAAUAACCAAAACGACAGUGAUGAUGAGAAGAGAAGACAUUCUAGUGGAGACGACGAUCUGGACGACGGGGACUCCAAGGAAACAAGACUUACACUAAUGGAAGAAGUGCUUUUACUGGGGCUCAAAGAUAAAGAAGGAUACACAAGUUUCUGGAAUGAUUGCAUAUCAUCAGGUCUUCGUGGGUGCAUCUUGAUAGAACUGGCACUAAGAGGUAGAGUGGAACUGGAAAAGGCUGGGUUACGACGCAAGUCCCUUCUAAACCGUAAGGUAAUAUUGCGAUCUGACCAGCCAACUGGAGAUGUGUUAUUGGACGAAGCACUAAAACACAUAAAAGAAACAGAUCCACCAGAGACUGUACAAUCUUGGAUUGAAUUUCUUUCUGGGGAAUCUUGGAACCCACUCAAAUUGCGUUAUCAGCUGCGCAAUGUGCGAGAACGGCUAGCCAAGAACAUGGUGGAGAAGGGGGUCCUUACAACUGAAAAACAAAACUUUCUUGUAUUCGACAUGACCACACAUCCUCUUACAGAUAAUGUCACUAAGACGAAACUUGUGAAAAAGGUCCAGGACAGUGUGUUGAGUCGGUGGGUAGGUGACCCCCAGAGGAUGGACCGGCGGGUACUUUCACUCAUUUAUCUCGCACAUGCAUCUGAUGUCUUAGAAAAUGCCUUUGCUCCUCUGUCUGAUGAUGACUAUGAGGUUGCCAUGAAACGUGUACGAGACCUCUUGGAUCUUGACUUGGAUGUGGAAGCUGCAAAACCCAAUGCCAAUGACUUAAUGUGGUCAGUGUUUGCAGCAUUCAUUAAAUAAAUCUUGUGUGUCAAGGUUGAAAUGGAGGAACAAUAUAUUAGUGCCUGUGAUGAUUCUGAUGAACAUGGUUUGGGAAAUAUUAGUAUCAUAUUUAUUUACAUGCUAUGUGAUAUAUCAUGAUUUGAAUUUUUCCUUCGUGUAAUCCACACUCUUAUUACUUUUCCAAAGUUUUGACAUGAAAGGUGUAGGAUUAUGCAUUAGGUGAAGGUUGCUCAUGACUUUACCAUACCACAUCCUUAAUAGUUUAUGAAGAAAUAACAGUUGUAUGAGGAUGAUCUACCAAGUAAGUAGGUUAUUGUUGUUAUCCUUAUUGCCUGUCCAUUUAAUAGGGGAUAGAGCAAACACAUAACCUCUUAACAUAGAUAGAUGAUGGCUUAAACCUUUUCAAUAUUUAGCAUAUGGUAGUCUGUGUGUGUGUGAGAGUGAGUGAGUGAGUGAGUGAGUGAGUGUAUUAUAUAUAUAUAUAUAUAUAUAU